UGCCCGUGCGCGCGGUAGAAAAAGUUGCCUUUAGGAGGGGGGCGGGAGUGUCCCCGCGCACGGCGCGUUCUGUCGCCGCGCCCGCCCGCACAAAUGUUGCCUUUCUGCGGGAAACUGGAGGCUCCCUGAUCAGGGCGACAUCUCAGGCAUGUUGCCCUCACCAAAGCAUCUUUUUGUACAAAUACCCCGGCCGACACAAAAGUUGCCUUUAGGAAUCACAGUGCACCUUCCCCUUCCGGGUGGGCUCCGCCACCACACGAGGCCGGCCUACCCUACCCCGACACCUUCAUCCCAAAUUGGCUGUUCUUCUGCGAAACCAUUACGGCGCUGUCACGCCUGCGCCGUAUGUCAGGAGACAAGCAGGAGCCGCCUGCACCGCUCCCUCACCUCCCCGCCGUCCGGGAGACAGAGACGCCGCAGGAGACGCCGUCGAGCCUCCGGCAAUCCAGUCGGUGUCGCAGGUCGUGCGAGAUGGCCUGGUCCUGGGCCUCCCUCUUGGCGGCCGCCGCGGUGGUCGCCCUGCCGCUGCUCGUCCAGUGGUACCAGGACGUCCGCAGAAUGGCGAAGGUGGCCGCCUCCAUCCCGGGGCCUCCGACCCUGCCCGUCGUGGGCAACUUCCUCAACAUUUCCCGGUCCAGGCUGCAGAGGUCGUUCCAGCGCAUGGUGAGUCAGUACGGCACCCUCUUCCGGCUGUGGUUCGGGCCCCUGCUGGCCGUGUGGGUCGUGGACGCGGAGGACGUGGAGGCGGUGCUGUCGUCGCCCGCUUGCGCGCACAAGCCCCGAAUCAUGUACCGCCUCAUCGAGCCCAUCCUGGGCAGGGGCCUGCUCGUGCUCAACGGGGCCGAGCACCGCCGCCACCGCAAGUCCAUUCUGCCCUCGCUGCACCGGGAGGUCAUCCAGCAGUUCCAGCCGCUCAUGCAGGGCGUCGCCAUGGAGCUCGUCGACAACCUGCGCCCGAAGGCGGACUCCGGGGAGGUGUUCGACGUGGUGCAGCUCUGCAGCGUGGCGGCCAUCGACUCGGCCUUCCGCACCAUCCUGAACGCGAGCGGCGAGCUUUUCGGGCCCGAGCUGCGCCGCGAGGUGGUGGAGCACGUGGACACGCUCUCGUCCGUGCUCAUGUACCGCGCAGUGCGGCCCUGGUACCACUGGGACUGGCUCUUCAGCUGGGACUCGCACUACGCCGCGUACCAGCGAGUCAACGAGCUCUACGACGGCCUCAUCCUCGACGUCAUGAACCACAAAAUGGGCGGGGACGGGAAGAGCACAGGCACGCCGCCCCGCGGGCGAAAGGCGUUCCUGGACCACGUCCUGGCGUCUGAGGGCGGCCGCCAGUUCACCAGGGAGGAGUUGUACGGCGAGCUCAAGACCAUGCUGGCGGCCAGCUUCGUCACCUCCAUGGACUCGUUGUCCAUCCACUUCCUUGUCCUGUCCAUCAUGCCCGACGUGCAAGACAGGAUCCACCAGGAGCUGGACGACGUGCUGGGCGCGGACCGGCCACUGGAGGAGGGCGACGUGGAGCACCUCGAGUACCUGGACCGUUUCGUGAAGGAGGUGAUGCGGUACUUCCCGACGUUCCCGGCGUUCGGGCGCCGCUGUCUGCGCGACCUGCGGCUGCCGUCGGGCCACACGCUGCCGGCGGGCUGCUUCGUGGCGCUGUCGCCGCUCGCCUCGCACCACAACCCCAAGUACUACCCGGAGCCGGCGCGCUUCGACCCGGACCGCUUCCUGCCCGCCGCCGUGGCCGCGCGGCCCGCGUCCGCCUUCAUGCCCUUCAGCGCCGGCCCGCGCAACUGCAUCGGCGGCCGCUACGCCAUGACCUUCCUCAAGACGCAGCUGGCGUGCGUGCUGCGGCGGUACGCCGUGCUGCCGGACCCGGACGGCCCGCGGGACGUGAGCCGCAUCCGGAUGAAGAUGGGCGUCACCUACUACCCGAGGGACGGCGCCAGGAUACGGCUGCGAGCGCGCGCGCCGCACGGGGCCAGCGCGGGGUAGGCCGCGCACGGCGCGCGCAGCCCGGCUGGCAGGCAACCCAACCAACUCGCGCCCGCGAGCACAGCGCGCUGCGCAGGCCGCGGGAGCCGCAGGUUCACAGGUCCGCGACACCGCGCGCGCGCAGGUACAGUCUGCCGCAAGGCUGGACCCCGUACCGAGCGGCUCCGCUCUACUUCGCGGCCGCAUGCUCCCAGCGAGCGACGCGAGGCGACGGACACUACAGAGAUAAUUACGACCGUUGCAAAGGUUGCAAAGCAGAAACCGUCUCCUCUGUAUCCUUUGCUGAAAUAACAACCCAAACAAAAACUUUAACCUGAGGCUUAUGCGCACUUGUAGCAGGACCGCUCUUUCCUCGAUGCACGAAAUAAAAGUCUGACUAC